GCAACUCCAGCCUAGGAGAGAAUCCACCUACUUUGAGUCUGAACAUGGGCAAGAAGGUAGCCAUUGUCCUGUCUGGCUGUGGGGUGUAUGAUGGCAGUGAAAUCCAUGAGUCUUCUGCCGUUCUGGUGCAUCUCAGCAGAGAGGGGGCACAGGGGGAGUUCUAUGCUCCAGAUGUAGAACAGAUGCAUGUGGUGGACCAUGUGAAAGGGCAGCCAACUCAGGAGAAACGCAACGUGCUGGUCGAGAGUGCCAGAAUUGCCAGAGGCAACAUCAAGGACCUAGCCACGCUUAAUGUCAAGGAACUGGAUGCCCUGAUCAUGCCAGGUGGUUUUGGAGUGGCUAAGAACCUGAGUACUUGGGCAACACAGGGGAAGAACUGCACAAUCUCUAAAGUUGUGGAGGAAACUUUGAAGGCAUUCCAUGCUGCCAAGAAACCCAUUGGCAUGUGCUGCAUCUCCCCAGUCCUGGCAGCCAAAAUUUUCCCAGGAUGCGAGCUGACGGUUGGACAGGACAGAGAAUGUGAGAAGUGGCCCUAUGCAAAGACUGCAGAAGCCAUGAAGGAACUUGGCUGCAAAUACGUGAACAAGCACGUAGAUGAGAUUCAUGUGGAUGUGAAGAACAAGUUGGUGACGACCAGUGCCUUCAUGUGCAAUGCCCCAGUCCAUGAGGUCUAUGAUGGUAUUGGAAAGAUGAUCAAAGAAGUGCUGAAACUUGCCUGAAUGCCUGACUACAGAACAUGCUGGAAAAUGAUGGGAAUCCAAGUCUUCUGAAAUAAAUUUUGGAUACAUAGUAAUGGAGAGCAGCCACUGAGAGUGGGUCACUGCUCUUCUUCUUCCUACACCCUUGUGCCACAAAGCAUAUUUCUGAUUACACUGGGCCCUUUCCCAUUGGACUGCUGCUAGCUACCAAGGAGGGAGAGGUCUAGACUAGGGGUUCUCACAUCAAAAUUUUUGGUGGCCUCAGAGUGCAGCCACCAGCUCUCACUGGUGGCCACACUGACGCUUUUUUUCUAAAAUACUUAAUUACCUUUAGGAAAAACAAUUAAAUAUGCACAGAUACAUAUCCCAAUCAUUGUAAUGUAUAUUUGUAGGGUUUUUUUGGCAGACUCAAUAACAAAAAUAAUGCUGUCUCCUGCCUUUAAGUCCCCCCUCCCCCUAUCCAGGGCUUAGUGCAGGGGUGGGCAAACUACAGCCUGCAGGACUGUCCUGCCCGGCCCCCGAGCUCCUGGCCCAGGAGGCUAGC